AUGACUAGAGGGGAGCCCAACGGCACUGCCGAGAGCGUGAAGGCCCCCAAGGUGAGCUGCGAGGAGAGGAACGUUACUGGUAUCAGCAACUUCACGGUGCAGAUCCUGAACGUGUCCCAGGAUCUGAUGGAGUUCUUAAACCCAAACAGCAGUGACUGUACGUUGGUCCUUUUCUAUACGCCAUGGUGCCGCUUUUCCGUAAGCCUGGCACCUCAUUUCAACUCUUUACCUCGAGCGUUUCCCAUUCUUCGCUUCCUGGCACUGGAUGCAUCACAGCACAGCAGCUUAUCAACUCGGUUUGGAACUGUGGCUGUACCCAAUAUCCUCCUUUUCCAAGGUGCUAAACCUAUGGCUAGAUUUAAUCAUACAGACAGAACGCUGGAAACACUGAAAGACUUCAUUUUUAAUCAAACAGGUAUAGAAGCUAAAAAUGAUGUGACUGUGACAGAGGAAGACUGGAAGGGGCCUCUGCCCAGCGUUCUGACAAAAGGAGUAGACUGGCUGCUCGUGUUUUCCGUGCUGUUUCUGGCCAGCUUUAUCAUGUAUGCUACCAUUCGGACUGAGAGCAUUCGGUGGCUGAUCCCAGGGCAGGAGCACGAACACCAAGAGUGAUUGGAGGUGCUGAAGCAGGGACACAAUUUCCUGUGUGUAAAGCAGGUGUCGUGCGGAGUGGAAGUACUUAAGAAUGAACUGUUGGAUUUGUUGGUUGUAAUUUAUAAUGUUGAUGGAAAAUUAGCUUUAUUUACCAACUACUGAAUUUUUAUAAAGUGAACUGAGGCAAAAAGAGUGGUGAGUAAACUACUGUGGAGAAACAAGAACUAAAUAAGUAUUUAUUAAAGUGCUCUGACCUGUUUGUUUCUCGUGGACCUUAA